UAUAUAAAGUGACGAUGAAAAGAAUCUGUCACGAGAGUAGACUACCUGUUCACUCACGCUAGAGAUACCUUAGCUAAGAAAUGAAAAAAAUUAUUGUGCUGUUGGGAGUCGUCGCCUGCUCCUACAGUUCCGAUUGGAACCUUGGAAAUCAUGGCGGGCUCACGCUGGGAGAAAUUUCCUUAGACCACCAUGACUUGGGAGCUUUUAGCCUGGGAGGAACAGAAAGUCAUUCCUUAGAUUGGUUCGGAGGUCAUUUGCCAAUAAAAGUUAGUGAUUGGCAUUCGAGCAUCAGCGGUCUUCACGGAGCUAAUAUCAUUCCCACUACUAAAUAUAUCGGAAUACCGACGAUCCAAAAAGUUCCAAUCAGCGUACCGCAUCCGGUAGUGGAAACGGUCCCGCAGCCUUAUCCUGUUCACGUGAUAGUAUCGAAGCCUGUACCGUUUGAGGUAGAGAAGCAGGUGUUCAAGACCGUCGAAAAAAAAGUACCGACACCUGUCGAGAAAAUAAUUCCGAUUAAGAUCGAGAAGCCGGUACCAUUUCACGUGGUAAAACACGUACCUGUACCGGUCGAAAAACCGAUUCCAAUCAAGAUUCCGGUGUACAAGACCAUCGUGCACAAAAUCAAGCAUUGAUUCCUCGCGCUAUAAAUAUACUUCUGUCUGUUGUUAUAUGUAAUACAAAAAGACAAAAUAUUUUGCUGUAUUACAGCACUGUGCAACGAUUGUUUAUUAAAACGUUACCACUAAUAAAAA